CCUCGCCCUUUCUUUACCUCCUUUUGCCUUCUGAAGAGCUCAUUUAGAAGAAGAGGAAAAAAAAAAUAUAUAAACUUAAUUUAAUUAAUUAAACCCUAAUUUCCGUCUUCUAUUUCUCUUCUUUAAGCUUUGAUUAAUGGAGACCUUCUUGUUCACAUCUGAAUCUGUCAAUGAGGGACACCCAGACAAGCUUUGUGAUCAGAUCUCUGAUGCAGUUCUUGAUGCCUGCUUAGCACAAGACCCUGACAGCAAGGUUGCUUGUGAAACCUGUACCAAAACCAAUAUGGUCAUGGUUUUUGGUGAAAUCACAACCAAAGCUAAUGUUGAUUAUGAAAAGAUUGUUCGUGAUACUUGCCGUGAAAUCGGGUUUGUAUCUGAUGAUGUGGGUUUGGAUGCAGACAACUGUAAGGUUUUGGUUAACAUUGAGCAACAAAGCCCUGAUAUUGCUCAAGGUGUUCAUGGUCAUUUGACUAAGAAGCCUGAGGAUAUUGGUGCUGGUGAUCAAGGUCAUAUGUUUGGUUAUGCUACUGAUGAGACCCCUGAACUUAUGCCACUUAGCCAUGUCCUUGCAACUAAGCUUGGAGCCCGUUUGACUGAAGUCCGCAAGAAUGGUACUUGUGCUUGGCUCAGGCCUGAUGGAAAGACACAAGUCACUGUUGAGUACCAUAAUGACAAUGGAGCCAUGGUCCCUCUUCGUGUUCACACCAUUUUGAUCUCGACUCAACACGAUGAGACUGUUACCAACGAUGAAAUUGCAGCUGAUCUCAAGGAGCAUGUGAUUAAGCCUGUUGUUCCUGCCAAUUACCUUGAUGAGAAGACCAUCUUCCAUCUUAAUCCGUCUGGCCGUUUUGUCAUUGGUGGACCUCACGGUGAUGCUGGACUUACCGGGCGUAAGAUCAUUAUCGAUACCUAUGGUGGUUGGGGUGCUCACGGUGGUGGUGCUUUCUCCGGAAAAGACCCAACCAAGGUGGACAGGAGUGGUGCUUACAUUGUGAGGCAAGCUGCAAAGAGCAUUGUGGCUUGCGGGUUAGCCAGGAGAGCCAUUGUCCAGGUGUCUUACGCCAUUGGUGUCCCUGAGCCUUUGUCGGUGUUCGUUGACACCUAUGGAACCGGAAAGAUUCAUGACAGAGAGAUUCUGAAGAUUGUCAAGGAAAACUUUGAUUUCAGGCCAGGAAUGAUCUCCAUCAACCUUGACCUUAAGAGAGGGGGCAACAAGAGGUUCUUGAAGACGGCUGCAUACGGACAUUUUGGCAGGACAGACCCCGAUUUCACCUGGGAGGUGGUUAAGGAACUCAAAUGGGAGAAGGCAUAAUAAGCUUUGUUUGUUGAAACCAUUUGCUGCUAAUAACCCUAAACCAUAUGCCUGUUGGCUUAAUGAUAAAUGUGUGUUCUUUUUUCUUUUCUUCCUUUGUAAUUUACAAUAGAUUUGUUUCUUUUUGUUUAACAAGAAGCUAAAACGGAAGGUAGAAGUUGUAGGGCCUAUGUGGUGAUAUUUUAUGUUACUAUUUGGGGGCACUGCUACGAAUAUGAAAGAUCUUUAGUUGCAUCCAUUUUCAAUA